UCACACGUCGCUGAGAAGUUUAUCCCCGCAGCCUUGCCGUAGCAGAAGAACGUUGUUCUCAAGAAAAAAAUCAUGCCAAAUCUUGGGACACUAGCCAAGGUGGUGCUGCCCAUGGCAGUGCCCGGAGCCCUUGGCCUGAUGUCUGCCACUGUUUUUGCUGCAAGCCAGGCCAAAGAAAAUAACACCACUCUAAUGACUAAUGAGCUUUCACUCUAUGACACACCUGAGACCCAGCUGAGGUACGAGGAGCCCGAGGUCGGUACUGUUGAACAGGGUGUAGCAUCUCUGAGGAAGACAGUGGAACCUUAUGUUUCAUGGUGUCAGGAAAAUACACAUUUUGCCGUGGAGAAAGUACAGUCUUACUACAAGACAGUUGAGCCUGGUGUGAAUACCACCCAUAGUAUUGUAAAAGAUAUGUAUGCAUUUUUGAAUGACCCUCCAUCUGAGUUCUAUGCCACUGUGGGUGUUAUAGGAUUCUCUGGAAUUCUGGGACUUUAUUUAGCAAAAGGCAGCAGAGUCAGGAUGCUGAUGUUCCCCACUGGGCUGAUGGCUCUGAGCGCCUCCAUGUUCUACCCACAGCAUGCCGCUUCUGUUGCCAGGACCACAAAACACUGCAUAUUUUCCUGGGGUUCAGAAGGGCGAGUUGUUUUGGUGGAGCUACUGAGAGGGAAAUCAUCAUCCAAGGACAAAGUUGAGAAGACACAGAAAACAGCCAGCCAAAAAUCAAGUUGACACAGCAGUAAGUUUUAUUAGGAGUUCCUGCUUUGCACCUGGAUUCUGUUCUCUUAUCAGUGCACUGAUCAGUUUGGCAUUUGCUAUAUUAUUAUGUUGGUCGUGUUUACUGGGACUGUAUAUUUGUUUUCUGUGCACUGUAUAAAUGUACUUUUGCACAUAAAUGUACACUGCAGCAGUAAGCAGUUGGACCAACCUGAAAAAGAGUGCUUCCACACCUGACUUGCACUGAAAAUUCCAGACAUUUUUCAACAACUCAGUGACUUCUGCAAAGUACAGUAUUCUCCAGGAAAGUUAUACAGUGCAUUCUGUGGUCAUUCACUAUUCAGUGCAGAUAGUCGUCUGUGUUUUUAUCACUAUGACUUUGACCACUAUGACUGGGAGGAAAGCCUGAAGGUGUUAACUUAUGCAUAUAAUUAGGGCCGUAGCUAGGGAAUUCUGGGCCCCCUGAAAAAAUAUUGAUGCGGGCCCCCUAACAGGUGAGGUAAAUUUUCAGGAAUGUGAAAGAAUGCAGUCACAUGUAAAAUAAAACCACUUAAAAUGAUCAUUGUCUUCAUUUUUGAUGAAGAUAACAUGCUACUGCAUAAUAUUUUAUUAAAUAAAGUUAAUAAAUGUGUC